AUGCAGAGGACCGGCCGUAACAACGAGCCUGUGGAGAAGGAUCCCUACGCGCCCUAUGCCGAGGGAGAGAAGCUAGACCGCCUGUCCCUGCGGCUCCCGCCAUACCAGCGGCGCCUGUGGCAGGCGCUGGCCAGCCGGACCACCACACCCCUGGUGGUCGUCCUGGUGCACGGAGGGCCGCUGGAUGUUUCAGACAUGCAUGGCUCCUCCCGUGUGGGAGCGGUUCUCACGGCCUGGUACCCGGGCCAGGGCGCCGCCACCAUCCCCAGCAUCCUCUUCGGCCAGGUGUCCCCUUCCGGCCGCCUGCCUGUGACGUGGUACCGGGAGUCGUACACCAAGCUGGCCAUGACUGACAUGAGGAUGAUGGCGUCUGCGGGAUACCCAGGCGCGUGCCUGCCUGCCCGCCUGUGCCGCACGUACCGCUACUGGUGGGGCCCCAAGCCGCUGUACCGCUUCGGACACGGCCUCAGCUACACCACUUUCCAGCACAGCAACGUGUCGGUCGCCGCCGGCGCCGCCCCCAACACCGCUGCGGCCGAGGUCACGCUGAGCAACCGCGGCGGCGUGGCAGCCGACCAUGUGCUGCUGCUGUUCCUCACCUACACGGGCGCGCCCAGAGCAGCAGCGGCAGGCGGCGCCGCGCGGCUGCCGCGAGCCGCGAUCCCCGGCUCGGGCUGCAUCAACAAGACCAGCCGCUCCGAUCUGGUGCAGGCGCUGGCCGGAUACCAGCGCGUAGCGGCGCUGGCGCCGGGCGAGUCGCGGCGCCUGCGCUUCGGCCUCGCCCUCGGCGGCGGCAGCUCCUCCGCCUGGGCGGGGUUUGGGGACCCCACGCCGCCCUGCGGCGAGUACAGCCUGCGCUUUGGCACCACCAAGCCGCCGGUGGCCACUCUUGAGCUGGCGUGA